CUUCUAUUGAGGUUGUCCGCUGCGAGCUUGCGUGCGAAGUUGCCACCGCGAAGGGUUUUCCUUUGUCCCAAGACUCGAGGACCCUGCCCUAACUCGUAUUAUGUUUCCGCGCGAGAGCCGCGACCAGCACCGGCCUACUGAGGAGCCGGACCGCGCGCAGCUUGCUGAAUCGCGUCGAAGUUCUCGUCAAUUCACGAAGUUCUGUGACGGUUAUCCCGCGAAACGCGUUCGCCGGGAAAUUUGAAAUUUUUUGAGUGAAACUGUGAAAGUACUGGAGUUGUGUGAGCAGACAGGGUUGUGUGGAACUGUGUUCACGAUGUCGACCGGCAAGCGGCUGGCGAAAAGGUCUAUAAUAGGGACGCGCGUGGCGGCCCUGGGCGAUGACGGACUGUACUAUUCGGGGAUGAUCCAGGCGGUGAAGACGCCGGCGCCGUUCCCAGAGAACAACAAUUGCAUCAACCUGACGCCGAACACGCGCUACACGGUGCGGUUCGACGGCGGAAAGAGCACGCGCGAGUACCGCGACGCGGAGCUGAUCGGGCCCGGCUUCCGUGGCAUGGGCGGCGUGCGCCUGCAGCCAACGCAGCGCGUCUUCCUCACCUACAACGGCCGCGAGGUGCGUGCCGACGUGCUGCAGCACGACCACCUCACCGACGAGCUGCGCGUGCAGAUACACGCGCCCGGCACCGAGGCGCCUAUAGAGUUGAAGAAGAGGCUGGAUGAGAUAAGACUGCUGGAGUCGCGCAAGUCGGCGCGGCUGGCAGACGUUGACACGGACUUCGCCCGCCUGGCGGACAUGGCCGGCGACCGCCGCCGCGCCUCCGCCACCAUUGAAGUACCCGCACACCACAUGCAAGGGUCUCGCAAGCGCGGCCCCAGCAGCUCGUGCGACCUGGGGUACGGCGAGCGAGAUGACCAGAUGAACGAGUGCAACGCCGCCCUCGUGCUCAUGUCGCUCAGCUGCUCGCCCAACUCCCCGCGCCCCAGUGCAUCAUGGGGCGGGCGCUCGUCGGUAUCGCCCGGAGCCAGCAGCAGCUCGGGCUCGUCAUGGCGGUCUGGAACCCCCUCCCCGCCGCCAGCCUCCUCGUCUUUCAGCGACGAAGGAAUCGCUAUGGACUACGAGGACUUGCAUCCACGCAAAAAGAAGACCACGCGCGUAACACUAAUCAACAGCGUAGUAUUCGAGUGCACCUGGCGUGGCUGCGGGCACAUCACAAAUACAUGCGCCUCCAUCGAAGCUCACAUCAGAAAUACACAUUUGGGGCCAAAGAAGGAAGGAGAGAGCGAUCAUGAGGAGGAGUUCUACUACACUGAACGCGAGGUGUCGGUGCCGGCGCCGCCGCCGACGCUGUCCCACCAGGACAUGUGCCGUCCGCCGUACGAGGACCCUGACUACCAAAGGCAGCUCGUCGGCUCCUUCAGACAAGGGCUGCUCUCGACCAUGCAGAACACUGCCAGGCCCAUAAGCAUUCCCGUAACGCAUUCCUGGUCCAACUCACACUCACCGAAGCACAUGAGGCUGUCAGUGGCUAGCGGGUCGCCGGGCAGCCCGGGCCGGCGGCCGCGCUCCGAUAACAAGAAGUGCCGCAAGGUGUACGGCAUGGACCAGCGCGAGCUCUGGUGCACUCAGUGCAAGUGGAAGAAGGCGUGCACGCGUUUCGGCGACUAGCGCGCGCGCCGCUCGCUCGCCGCUGCGCGCGCGUUGCUGCUCCACAAGUGACCGGCCGGCCACACACGCUGCGAGCGAGCCGCGCCGCCCGACACCAACUAUUCCGAGUGCGGGGCGUGAUUACGCUAGCCCAAAAGAAUAUAUUGAAAAUUUUUAUCUAGUAUAAGCAGAUACGGAGUAAAUAUAUUAAUAUUAAUAUAUUGAAUAUGAAAUUUAAAGGAGACAUAUUUUUGCUCUUUAAAUGUGGCUCGUAUUUUGACUGCAUAAUGGACAUUGCCCACGUAUUUUUGUAGCGCAGUAGAUUCGCCUUUACUGUGACAUGCAGACGGAGUUGUGUGUCGCUCUCGGUCGACUGUGAAUAUUAGCUAUAAGUCACUAGAUGUAAGAUUAGACUGAUGAUGCUGUGUGAAAACUAUUGUCGCGCCAGGCUUGAUACGGGACAAAUAUAACUUCAAUAUUUUUUUACAUUACUCAACUAUUUUCUUAAAAGGCUCGCCUAUUCGAAAUGCAUAAUAUUUUCCGAUAAUAUAAUUACUGCUUAGUAGUUCACGUAGAGAAGAAUACAUCCGUACGAAGUAAGUGUAUUCCGUCCACAUUUUCGGAUGUGCUUUCCCGAAGCGUCGGGCGGUCGGGCGGGCGCGACACUGUUGUCACCGGACAUCACAACUCGGCCAGCGCGCCUGCGCACGCCUUUAUGAAUUCGACGCGGCGAACGACCUCGCCAGUCGAAUGUACUUCAGUGAUAUUAAUCACUAAAUAUAAAUGUAUUUGACUGAAUUACUAGAUAAUAACGAAACAAAAGUAAUAUAUGACUUAGUCUUAUAAGUUCUCUCAGAUUCGACAAAAAGACUAAAUGAAGUUUAGACUUAAAUUUUUAUGAACAUAUCUGUGUCGUAUACAAAGAUGGUCCUACCAGAACAAGGAGACAAUACUCAGCGCCGCUCGCGACAGCGCGGGCCCGCAGCGUGCCCCGCGCACGCGCAUCAGGCCCCGCUCUACAGCAGACGGAACGAAGGCAACGUCACAUCGGCAUGAUGGCUGCCCCACGCGGCCCGUCGCGCGCCUCACGACACCCGACGUUGCACACGACUGCCUCGACUAUGACACCUCCACCAGCCAAGGUGGAACACUCGACUUAUCAUAGAGCGAUGGCCUAUAACUCGGAGAUUGACAGUAAUAGCGAACCAUGUGAAUUCGCUAUUACACGUAUGGAAUGGAGAUAAUUCAUCUAUUGAGAUAGAUGGAAAUGAUUGUGAUAAAGACGAGAUACAUUAUGCAUGAAGCAUAAGACGAGGCAAGGAUUACAAGUGAAGGCGAUUGCGAGCUGCAAUAUUAUUUUGUAAGUAUUAUUAAAUGUCGAUUAAAUUUGUAAAUAGUAAAAGUACCUAUAAUAUUGUGAGUUAUAUAUAAAAUGUAUUCUAUACCUAAUGAAAUGAAAGCAAUUUUCGGGUGUGUACAUAAAAUAUUAUUAUAAUGAUAUAAUUGUUACUUAAUGUGAUCGUUUAAAUCGAAAGUUUUGUACGGUGACUUGAAAAUGUGUUUAUAAAUUAUAAUAUGAACACGUUCGCGUUAAUUACCGUAAUGAAUACAUCACAGCGCGGUAUUUCUGAUCCACUAGUAGUUACCAGAGUUCGUUGUAAAACAUUAACUCUUAUAAGUUUUGUAAAGUAAAUUGAUUAUUAUAUACUUGCAUACUUAUAUUUUUAUUGAUGCAAAAAGUUUAUAAUAAAGAACUCUUUUGUCAAAAAAUAAAACCGAAAUGUGCCAAUGGUGGAGCAUCCAAUUAAAGUUAACUAGAUUAAAAUGCCUUUCUUAGAGCAUACAACGUAUGCUCUCCUUCUACUCUUGGUGCUGACACCUUUUAAAAGCGCACAUGUGAAAAUAUGUGUGUAUUUGUGCCUGCGCAGUUUUCUAUAGAGAUCUGUACAGUUCAGAAGUUAGCUGUUUACCAUUUAAUCCGCGUUGUCUCGUGUCCACAUUCACAUGGCCAUGUAAUAUGACAGAAUAUAAAAUAUCCUUCAGUUAAAAGACCUAAUUAAAUACCUCUAAACGUUUGUUUCACAUUAUGUUAAAAUUAGAUCUGAAUUACCUUACUUAGAUACUUGAGUUGAAAUUGUUAACGCCUGAGUUAGGUACUCAACGUUUAUUUAUUAUCUUGCCAAUAAUGUUGUAGUAUCACCACAAGGUGCCCGUGGCGCGCCUCCCUCUAGUUUCAGCAUCGAUGUAUUACGUGCUAUCGUAUAUUAUGUUACGCGAUGUACCUGCAAAUAUUACCAAAUAAUAUGUACACUUUCAUUGCAAUAAUGGUUGUGAUAAUACAUCAAGAAGUUGUCAUUUGUAACAGCAGAACUACUUUUGUUUGAUGCAUCGAAACUCCGCGCUCACCGAACCAAAUGAUCACGUUAUCACGUAGACGUAGGAAGCAACUCAGCUAGCGAUUUGACAACUGCCAUACUGUAAGGACAUAGGUUAACUGCGGCUUAGUUGUAACAAUAUAGAUCUUAGUGAUAUGUUAAGUUGGAGUCAUAAUAAUAGUAUUUAAUAAUGUUAGGUACAAUAAAAUUGUAUUAAAUAUAAUUAUGGAUAAGCAGAAGUUGAGCUAAACAAAAGAUUUUCAACUAUAUUGUAAUUCUGGCAGCAGAGCUACUACUCAAAAUAGCACCUCUACAAACAGUAUUUUUAUAAAACCAAACAAAUUGGUCAAAAGAUUUCAAAUGCUAUAAUUUCAUAAUAAUGUAAGAAGUUAAAAUUUCUAAUGAUAUGGAGUUUAUUGGACACCCGAAUACAGCAUAGAAAGAAACGCGCGCGCCACGUCACCACGCCGCAAGCGUGCGCCCGCGUCGCCCCGCGUGCCGUGCUGGCAUCAUAAACAUUAUACCGAUCUCAAUUUAUUUCGAAGCUAUUAGAGUUAUGUAUACAAUAUCAUAAUCUUUUAUUAUUUUAUGUAGUUCUAAUAAGGAAAUAGGAUUUUUAUUAUUAUUUUGAAUAAAGACAACUUUAUUUUUACUAAGGAAUUUGUAAAUAAUUUUACAUACUAAUUUAUUUAGCCAAAAUUUUGCUCAAUUUAGUAUGCACUCAACACCAAAGUCAUAAUAUUAAACAAAAAUACUUUUAUACAUAUCAGUACAAAGAAGCAUAAUUGAGUCGAUGAGUAAAGUUUGGUGGUCGUUCGCUUACAGAUUGUCCGGAAACUUUUAGAUACAAAAAUGUGUCCAUCGACUCUGAUGUAGGGCGGGUUGGCCCGCCUCCGAGACACUCACUCGCCUCCAAUACGGUGUUGGAGCGCUCCGACUCCUGGCGCUAGUCGAGCUCUAAGUCUUAUUUCUUACGAUUCAGUUAAUGAGAGUACAUGAUGCAAAAGUUUUAUUUUAGAGAACAAUAACCAGCUUCGGUACUUAGAUGUUUACUUCAUACGUAUCCUUAUAAUAGAUAUUCGUAAAAGCAUAUUAAACGACACUAAAUCCAACUGUAAAGUUUCAACUAAUGAGGGAUUUUCCAUGCUACGUUCUCCAAAAAAAAAUAUAGGUGACACUGUAUAAAUUUUCCUGCAUUUAACCUUUUAAUUUCAUGGAUAACAGACAUAAGCAACUUUUAUCUUUGUUUUUGGGUAUAAAUUAUGACUUUUAUGACCCUUGUAAUAACACCCAUCUUCCACCCAUUAUUAUUCUGAUCAAAAUAAAGUGUCGCAAUAUAGGUAGCAACAUAAUUCUGUACGUAUCUGUUCCAAAUAACAAACAACAAUUAUUUUUACAUAUGCCUCUGCCAUUAUAUUUUUUAAUAAUUAUGCACCCGAACAAUGAGAAAAUAGGUAAUAGGAACAGCGCCAUUUAUAUUAUUUUUAGGGUACAUGCAUAGUCUGGAAUAUCCCUCAUUGAUUAGUUCAAUAGAAGUGAUUGGUGACACUUGGUUUAAGAAGCUUUUCUCUGUAAUGUUAUAUAAUUUAAGUAGGGGACAGAAGAGUGCAAAUAAAUCAUCAAAAGUAAGGUUGCAUACCAUUAUAACGUAGUCAAAUUAAGGAACGCGUUGAUGUCUUUUCGUCGUACAAUGGCUUACAUCACAACACAUACAAAAGUCUUCAACGUGCUAUUUUCUUUUAAAAUUCGAUUGGAAUUUGUAUAUUCAAAAUUUACUAAUAAACAGAACUACCAAUUUUCUCUUUCAUCGAAGUUCCAAAUGUGGCUACCGAUUUUCUCUUUAAACAUAAUUUAAUUAAUGAGUAUUUGUAUACAAUUUAUCCCUGUUUGUUUAUUUCAACUAUUCUCCUUGAAGCAUAUUUGUAAAUAUGUAAAUUCACUAUAAACGGAUAAGAUCUUUUAACGCUGGAGAUGUACUGCAUGUUUACCAUAAUAAUAUUAGGUACAUGAGAUAACUACCAUUCUACAAUGCUGGAUUGAGAACAACAGCGUGACAUCCACCAUAAUUAGUUACAUAAUACGUAGCAUAUUUACAUAAAUAUGUAUAAAAGUAAUCCUAAUUGAGCUCUUGGAUAAGAUUCAUUUAAAACACUAUGUUUAGUAUGUUAAACGAUUAUUUUUGAAGUUAUUGUUAGGUAGUACCUACCAGCUAGCAUGUAUUUUCUCUUAUCUGCAUAGUUUUAUGGCACUAUUGUUUCAUAUUGUAUCAUGUGAAAAAUGUAAAAUUAUUGAUAAUUAUUAUAAGUUCUAUUUUGAUCCACUUUAAUUAAAUCGUUGUAAUCACAUUUGUUUGAUGCCUGUAAAUAAAAUACAUUCGUUAUUUGCAAUUUCAUAACGUACCGUGCAUAUGUGGGCAAUUAUAAUUUAUGAAAAUAUGUCUCCUGCUUAUUAGUAGGUACUAUUAAUAAGGACAUCACGAAAUAUUCGGUGACUUCCGUCGUUUGAGCGCAGCGCGAGGCGCGCCAUUUUCCUUUGUAUCUAGAUCUCGGUGCCAGUGGAGAUGUCAAUCGCGCGUACGACUGUCUCAUGUUGAUCGCACGCUCCCAUUGGAGUCUACACGGCACCAUGCCUAACUGACUGAUGGAAAAUGUGCGGAGCCCUUCCUGCCUCAAACUGUUGGAACUUACUAAGCGGUUUUGGUGAAUAUCUUCAUACAAACUGUACUGUGCUUUAGAACUCUUUAUUUGUGCAUAAUCAACUCACUUUAGUUUUGUGUAGCAUCUAUAAGUACCGUUCGUUAGUGUUGUAUAUAAUACCACCUAAUUGCCUGAACAUUUAUCUUGCUGUACCUUACCUUUACGGUUAUAUCAUGAUUUGUUCUAUAUCUUCCCGCUUGACUGAUACACAAAUCUUUAUAGAAUGUAUUUAAAGAUACCGACCGCUUGUCGGCGUGCAUGUAUGUGGUAAGUUUCUUCUUAGAGCCGGUACAGCGUCGAUGCGUCGAGCGAUAUAGUUACCACUAGUUUAUAAGGUUGAGAUAUUAUGAUCAAAUGAUGUUGUUUGAGAUGUUGUUCUUUGCUCGGGUAGAAUAUUUCCAUUUAGUUGUCAAUAUCACAGCAGUUUUUACCGUGACUGUCAGCUCAAUCCAUUUUACUAUUCAUCCUGUGAACAAUUUGAGACGUUCGUUCUCGUUGCAAUACAUUUCCGGUAUACCUACUAAUUAUCUUCAUAUAUUUCAUUUUGAGAUUUCAGUAGAUCUGGGAUUAAUGGUAGAAACUAGCUGGCAGUUAUUCUACUGUGAUAUUAAUAAUUCUAUUUAUUAUUUUUCUAGAUUAUUAUUUAUAACUUUAGUGUUGAACGUGAGCGUGUGUUAUAUUUUACUAAAGUUUUAGAUUAGGCGAUGUUAUUUUAUAUUGUACCUAAUGCUAAAGGUCCAGAAUGUGUUCCAAAUGAUUGAUUUUAUGAAUAUAGAUAUUACAAUUAUAUUAAUGUAAUGUUUUUGUUAAUGUGUUGAAUGAAAAUAUUCUUGAGAUAUCAUGCAAAGAAGUAAUUAGUAUUAUAGGUAUUUGUAACAGAUGAAAAUAAUUGAUGAACAUCACAAAUCAGCCUCGUAGCGUUAUAGCACUCUGAGCUCUCUACUAUAAAUUAAUGCAUUUCAUAGCGAACGCAAUUGGACUGUGAAAACAAACUAUAUUUACUCAUGUAAAUGUUACAGAUAAACAAAAUAUUUAAGAGAAGAUGUUAUUAUUUUACGCCCUACUUGAAGUAGACUAUUUGCCUGAAUUAUCAUACCUCAGUAAGUUUAGAAUGAUUAUUGUGUGUUUUGGAAUAUAUAUUUAUAUAUUUGAGUUCUUAGAAUUACGUAGUGGCAUUAUUUUUGAUCUUUUGGAAGAGUUAAACUUAAUUUUGUAUACGGGUCAUCUUCGUAGGCAAAAAAUAUAAAAAAAUGUAUUGCGAAAUUAUAUCCGGUAACCAACUUUAGAGUAUGUGAUUCUAUACCACAUAUAUAUAUUCUUAUGCAAAGUACAUUAUAAAAUCUUAUUUAUUAUAUGAACAAGAAAUGACGAAUGUUGUAUGGAACAACUCUAGACCUAUUAUUAAUUUAUUUCAGAUCGUGUUAUUCAUUGAUAUAUAUUUACAAAUAUAAACUUUAGAUUUUA